AUGAAAUCUAUAGAGACCUGUUGCUGCAAUCAUGGUGGGCGCUGUACUUGCGCUCACAAGAAGGAACCUACCUUGGACACCGUUCCAGAAGCCGAAUCGGAUCGCGAUCCCUUGGCCGCCGCCGCACGACCCAAGCCCCCAAUCAGACGACGACGAGCCAACACUGUCCACUCAGACGGAGUUCUAUCGUUUGACCAGAACGGCAAUCACAAACCAGCGUCCAAGCACAAUCGUGCCGCUCAAAAGUGCGGGCCAUAUCAGCUCAAUCGGGUCAAUUCCACAAACAGCGCCAGUAGUCUUGGUGCGAGUUCAGAGAGCAUGCUAUACCAAGACGGGCCGGCACCCGACUCCUUCAGCAACCGCUCUCGGGCUGCGACGGCUCGCGAACAACGGCGGGUCAAGUCGGAAACUGCUUCUCCAUUGAUGUCCAGUGGCAGCUUUCCCCAUUUGCAGAGUGGACUUCCUCCCCUGGAUCUGUCGGGCAUCGAAUAUCCUUCAUACGUUAACAACGGCACCUUUGAAAUGUUCAGCUCAGGGGUUCCAUCAGAAGUAGAUGGACCAAUUUUCAGUGCCGGCCUAAGUGCUGCUUCUGUUGACUGGAGUCAUUACGACCUCGGUGAAGCUAAGCCGGAGAAUUUUGCCCCGUCAAGCUACAGCCAAGCCGGUGCUCAGAGCUUCAACGGCCUCUUCGAAUUCGGCAGUGGCUCGGAGCAGCUUCCCCGUCUCGCAAACACUACGUCAACAUCGGGUGAAGUAUCUGAAGUCGAGGACUUUUUAGGUAACGGAGAUGGCGACAUGGAUAGCGGCUUCGGCACCAGCAGCUUCAUCCGCCAGGCCAACAUUGUUGGUAGCUCAACAGACCUGACCAGUAUUGACUACGACAGCUUUUACAACAAGAAUUCCGAGAAUAAUGUUGCGGUUGGAAGCAUUUCCAUGGUCGAAGAAGACCCGGCUUUCUGGAUGCCCAACUAUAAUGAAGGCAUCACCACUGCGGUGGAUGAAAGCCCGGAUCAAAUGGCAGCGACUUCCAUGGGAACAUUUUGGGAACUAUGA